CUUUAUGCAUUAAAGGUACUCUAUAGCAAAUGAAAUCCACUAAGAAUAGCUGAAAGGAGGACGGAACAUAUGAUCACCUUAGAUCGCGUGUCAAGGCUCAGAGUAUGUGGAAAUAAACCUUCCAGGAACGCGGUAAAGUACUAUUAACUUACAGUAAAGCAGACUAUGGAAAGGAAGAUUGCAGAUGGCUACCCACGUAGAGUGGAACCUGAUGUGGUCUUCUGCAGUGGUAACCUCUCCACCCCAAGGUAAUGGUGACUGCUCACCCAUGAAGGAGGCCUCGAGGAUGCUGGUAGAUUUAUCAGUGAGAAUACACAAUGGGCAAAGUCUGCAGUGUUUCAGUUCCCCAAACACUGAUUUGAUUAAAGUAGAGGAAGAGAUUGGUGAAGAGGGCCUGAGAAUGGAUUUAGGCAAAGAAGAAACAGCCCAAAAUAAGGUGGAGAUAUUGGAGACACGGCUGAUUGGCAGUCCCAACAACCAAGAAGAAGGAGGAUUAAGGCCAGCCGUCACUGCAUUUCGAUUACCCAGUUGUGACAGGCCCUUCCAGUGCAGCCAGUGUGGAGUUUCUUUCACGCAGAAAGGCAACCUCUUGCGGCAUAUCAAGCUGCACAGCGGGGAGAAGCCCUUCAAGUGCCCCUGCUGCAGCUAUGCCUGCCGCCGCCGCGAUGCACUGGCAGGCCACCUCCGCACACACUCCGUGGGAAAACCAUAUAACUGCAACUUCUGUGGGAAAAGCUAUAAGCAGCGUUCAUCAUUGGAGGAGCACAAGGAGCGCUGUCAUAACUAUGUGGAAACCAUCAACACAAACAUCUUGGCCACAGAGGAAGUGGAAGGUAGCACAGAGAAGACAUCUUUGUUGGAAGCUGUUUCCUUGGUGCCUUUCAACCAGCCACCAGUAACUGAACGACUACCGAGCACUGUAGGGAAAAGGAAAAGCACUGCACCUCAGAAAUUUGUAGAUGAAAAACUGGCGUACUACAGGUACCAAGCCGGCCUUAAAUAUGAGAAGGAGGCAGAGCUACUGCAAGCUCACAUAAUGGACCAUGCUAUUAACAAUGCUAUCUCUUAUUUGGGCACCAAUGCGUUAAGGCCUCUUGUCCAUCACCCAACACUUUCAGUGACAGACAUUGGGCCUAUAGUCAACCCUCUCUAUACACAUAUGUAUCAACUAGGGCCGCAAAUGGAGCAGGCUAACAGGCAGACUUUUUUACCUCAUCCAUCCAUUCAAUUAGAUUCCCCUUCCUCCAUCAACAGCUCUUUGUCCCUCAUUCGUCCUAAGAAUAGUCUGACUACCCAGGAGGACUCCCCCUGUAACAGUGGCACUGAAUCUGCUAGCUUUGAUUGCAGCAGUCUACAGGACAAGCCUGGGAGCUCCUCUAAUCAUGUUCCCUGCCUCAGGUAUAGCACGACAGUUGGUAAAGAAGAGGUGCGGGAGAUGGGGUCAGGUUGCAUGGAUUCCUCUUUUGACCACUGUGUCACCAGAAAUGUUUACCACGUCUUUAGCAGGGAAGGCAAGGAGAUGAGAAGCUUUAAGUGUGAGCAUUGCCAUGUGCUAUUCCUUGACCAUGUCAUGUACACUAUCCACAUGGGCUGCCAUGGAUACCAAAACCCUUUGGAGUGCAACAUAUGUGGUCGCUGCAGCCAAGAUCGUUAUGAAUUUUCCUCGCACAUUGUUCGUGGAGAGCAUGUUUUUCACUAGAGAAGUGAAUUUCCACGUACUGUUUGAGAAGUCUUCCUGGAGGACAUCCAAGUAAAUGCUGCCGAUGAAGACAUACUGCAUGUGCAUUUAUAGCAAUGCUUAUUAAGCCCAUUUAAAUCUACUGUAACAAAGAUAACACCUCUUGGAAUCAAAGAUUCUGUUUUAUUGGAAUGCAUAGAGUAGAAUGAUAUUUAUUUCAUCAGCUGUAUGAAGGCUUAAAUGUCAUGACUACCAUUCAUUUCUGGAUGGUUAUUAGUCUGAUGCUUCUUUCUCUAGAAUGGUAUACUGUUGAAACUUUCAUAGAGCAUCCACAUAAAUGGUUUUAAGAUAACGUAAAUUUGCAUAUAUUGACAAUGAUAAAAAGUAUUGUCACUUUAACUGAGACUUUGCACUUAUGGAACUAGUAAGUUGGAGCCAAACAUGGCUACCUCCAUUUUCAUUGGCAUUGGUUUUUGAGCAAGCCUCAAUAUUUAAGUUUUAAAUGUCUUUUCAUCAUUUAAUUGUAUGGUAAUUAUUUAUAAAACUACUAUACUAUAUAAAACAACUCUCAGUGGUCUAAUGUUUAAGUUGUAUGACAAAUGUUUCUAGAUUUUAUUCAUUCUUCUUUUUAUUUUGUUAAGAAAGAAUCAGAAUUAUACUCCCAUCCUAUGUGUAAGAAAUUUGCAUGUCCUGUCCGUAUCAAGUGUGUUUCUUACUGCAGACGAAAGACAUGCAAUAGCGUGAACUGGUAUCGCAGAAUUGCCCAUAGCAUUGCUUGUGUGUGUGUGUGCCCUGUGAUUGACUGGCAUCCUACCCACAAUUUACCCACAAGUCUCACACUGGUGCUACUUGGGAUAGACUGCAGGCUCCAAUGGCCCUGGUCUGCAUAAGCAUUUAGAAUGUGUGAGGUUUGGAAUUAGGCUUUAUAACUGUUAUCAAAAGACAGCUAGCACUCUCUAUAUUUACUUUUCUGAUGCUCUGUGUGAUCAGUCUGUGAAAGAUGCAUUAGCUUCUAUUUUUAUCACAUUGUGUGUAUGUAAGUAAGGUUUACUUGAUAGUUGAAAUCAAAAUAAAAACUUGUGUUGGCACACAUUUUUGGUUCUGGGGCUUACCGGUAGUGCCAUAUAAUUAUGCUAUUGCAUAUUGCCCACAAUUCUUUAGGCUAUAUUAUGUAAUUAUAUAAUUAUGAUUUCAAUUUCAUUAGUUGUUCAGUUUUGAGCAUUGAAUGUGUAUAUUUUAUUUACAUACAUGACAUUCUUUUUAUUUCUUGUAUUAUUUAAUUUUCACAGUCAUAUAUUGAUACAUAAAUGUAAAACUAUCAAUCGCAAAAAAAUUCCUUAACUGAUUUUGUUUAAACAUGACAAACUGUAGUGAUAUGUAUGUCCUAUUGCAUUUAUAGCAAGAUUAUGCAAUGCGGUUACGUACAGUAAUAUAAAUUUUUCUUUUCAUAUUGAUUUUUUACUUAGGAAAAACUAUAAAAUUUCAGUAAAGUUAAUGAAAUGGGGGACAUUUUGUAAGCAUUGCAUGGAUUCUGUACUGUAUAAUUUACAUGUUGCUAAUAAUCUGUGAACCUGCUGAAGUUUAUUUGCCUGUCGCUGUGCCGCAGUUGUAUGACUGAAUACUGAAUAUGGUUGUUUUCUUUUAAAAAUGUACAUCCCUUUACAGUAAACCUUCUUAAAAUGAA